AUGAGAAAUAAUAUUUUCCAUAAGCUUACGCGUCUUGUUUUGUUUGUUUUGCCACUUUUGUUGCUAUGGUUAAAGGCGACAACCAUUAUUCUGGUGGCAGCAACAAAAGGACCAGCUCCUCAGUGCAUCGACAGGGAGAGGAAUGCUCUUCUUGAUUUCAAAUCAUACAUUGAUCAAGAUCCGUACGACUUUCUGUCUACAUGGGCAGUUGAUGAAGAAACAACCAAGGAUUGCUGUAAAUGGGGUGGAGUCACUUGCAACAGCCGAACAGGGCACGUCACAAGCCUUGACUUGAGCUAUGGAGAUCUUGAAGGUAAGAUUAGCCCUUCAUUGUUUAACUUAAGCUACUUGAGUCAUUUAGACCUUCAGGGGAAUUCAUUUAGUGGAACCAUUUCUAUGUUGAAUGGCUCUAUGACUAAAUUAAGGUAUCUUGACCUCUCCAAAAAUUCUUUUAGUGGAGUCAUUCCCAUGUUCAUUGGUUCCAUGACUUGGUUAAAAUAUCUUGACCUGUCCACAAAUUUCUUUAAUGGAUCCAUUCCCGUGUUCAUUGGUUCCAUGACUCGGUUAAGGUAUCUAGACCUUUCAUACAAUUCUUUUUCUGGAUCCAUUCCUCCAGAACUUGGCCUCAAGAACUUGCACUUUUUAUCACUUAAUUCCCUUAGCAAUUGUACAGUUGAAAACAUAGACUGGUUGUUUCAUCAUUCUCAUUUGCAGCACCUUGAAUUGGAUGGUAUUUCUCUAGCCAAAGCAAACCAUUGGGUAAAUGUGAUUCUAAGUCUACAAAGGCUAUCAUAUUUAAGUUUAGGGGGAUGUGACCUAUGGCAGGUCAUGCAUCCAUAUUCUCCAUCUGCCAACUCCAAUUCUUUAUCUGUUGUUAGUCUACAUCUUGGAAACAACAAUCUCAACUCAUCCAUGUAUCACUGGUUGUUCCCAUUAACUAGCAAUAAACUUGUAGAACUUGAUCUUUCUAGCAACAAGUUGGAUGGGAUUCCCAAAUAUCUUGGAAAUCUUUGUAGUUUGACGUCUUUAUUAUUUGAUAACAACUCAAUCUCCGUCAAAUUUCCUGAUUUUCUAAACAACUUGUCUGGAUGCACAUCGGUUGCGUUGCAAGUUCUGGAUGCUUCAAAUAGCCAAUUCACAGGGUCACUAUCAGAUGAUAUUGAAAACUUUCCAUCCCUACAAGAUUUAAACCUUUUUCAUAAUCAGUUAAAUGGCACUAUCAGUGAAAAAGUGUGGCGACUACCCAACCUUUCAACCCUUGACGUUUCUUCCAAUUCUCUUAGUGGUCCCAUCUCUCAAAACAUCGGAAAGUCAAAGAUUUUGCAAUUAUAUCUUUCAAACAAUUCACUUGAAGGAGUUCCCUUUGAAGCUCAGUUGUCAAACCUUUCUUAUAUAGAACAUCUUGACUUGAGCUCUUGCAAGUUAGGGCCUCAUUUCCCCAAAUGGAUUCAAUCACUGAAAAAUCUUACCUAUCUUGAUAUUUCCAAUGCCAACCUUUCUGACACAAUUCCUUUGGAGUUUUGGAACAUGUGGCCUUCUCGAUUGACACACUUGAAUCUUUCCUCCAACAACAUUACCGGGAAAGUAACAAAUUUGUUAUCAAACUUCAACCUUGAUUAUAAUGCCGCAAGGAUAGAUUUGAGUUCCAACAACUUUUAUGGCCCUAUACCACAUGUUUCACCCUCUUUGGAAUGGUUAGACCUUUCCAAAAACAAAUUCUAUGGAUCAAUUUCCUUUUUGUGUCAACUUGUUGAUGGAUCUUUAUCCUUUCUUGAUCUCUCAAGCAAUUUGUUGACUGGACAAAUUCCAGACUGCUUGUGGAACUUAAAAAAACUAAAAGUUCUAAAUUUAGGACAAAACAAUCUGUCUGGGAGUCUUCCUGCUUCUAUUGGGUCCAUGACCAAUCUCGAGGUUUUGUAUUUAUACAACAACAAUUUCUCAGGAGAAUUACCCUUAUCCUUAGAGAAUUGUACCAAGUUAGUCGUUUUGGAGUUGGAGGACAACAAGUUUUCUGGUCACAUACCUAUCUGGAUUGGGGAAAAGUUAUCAGGGUUAUAUACUCUUAGCCUUGCUUCAAAUAACUUCUGUGGAACCAUCCCUGCACAAUUAUGUCGAAUGGUACAUCUUCGAAUUUUGGACUUGUCAACGAACAACCUUUAUGGAACCAUCCCGUUAUGUCUUAAUAAUGUCACUGCAAUGGUUCAUGAUGUAUUUAUACCUUUUGCAAAUAUGCAUCGUUUUAUCCACGAGCAUAUGUAUCUUGACCAUGCAUUGAUCAAGUGGCAAGGACGUGCACAAGAAUUCAACACAAUUAUGGGGCUGUUAACGUACAUUGAUUUGUCAAAUAACGAUCUAACAGGGAAUAUCCCAUAUGAACUAACUGAUCUCCAUGAAUUGAUUGCACUAAACUUGUCAAUGAAUGCUUUACAUGGAAAGAUCCCAUCAAAAAUUGGUCAAAUGGAAAAGCUUGAAAUUUUGGAUUUAUCAAGAAACAAGUUUUCUGGAGGGAUACCAUUAAGCAUGUCUCACAUGGCUGCAUUAAAUUAUCUGGAUGUGUCAUGUAAUAACUUGUCAGGAAGAAUUCCAUCCGGCACUCAACUCCAGUCAUUUGAGCCUUCAAGGUAUAGUGGAAAUGCAGGACUUUGUGGAAAUCCCCUAACCAAAUCUUGUCCUCAUGAUAAAGAAGUAGAGGUAUUACCACUCGUUGAUCAGAGUAAGGGUGGAGAUGAACGAACAGAUGAUCUUUGUAGAUGGUUCUAUAUUGGCGGGGCUACUGGCUUUGCAAUUGGAUUUUGGAUAGCAUGUGGAGCUUUACUUGUGAGUCAUUGGGGGAGGAAAGCUUUUUUUCACUUUAUGGAUAGCUUGGAAGAUUGGGUUUAUGUAAAGGUGAGAGUGUUCAUUGCAAAAUGGCAAUGCAUUGCACAUGCAUAA